GUGACCAAAACCCAGCAACUAAUGUAAACAUUACAGAAAGUGCACCACCACUAACAACCAAACAAAAAACCAACAAACCUGAAAAAUUUAAUAAUGAUUAAGUUUUGCUGUAAUCAGGAAAUUUCAGCUAUACCUCAAGCAAAGUAGCUCAGAGUCCUAGAGGAGCACAAUUACACAGAAGCAGCAUGUGGUUAAAUGGGAAUGAGAGUGUGGUUAUAAAAACAAUUUCUUUUGGGGGAAAUCAAGAAAUGAAGGGUAGAAAGAUCAGCCCAAAACACAAGACAGUUAUGACCAUGCAUUGCUUUCAUCUAGGCAAGUCCUGGAAGUGGUAAAUGAUUUUAUCUGAGAAGAGCUAUGGAGUAGAUGAAAAGGUAGUUAUAACAGAUGAUUCUUUGUUCUUUGUUAUUAUGCAGAGGAGAGAUGGAGAGGGAGAACAACACAGUGGUGACAGAAUUUAUCCUCCUUGGUCUCACCCAGUCUCAAAAGGCUCAACUCCUGGUCUUUGUGCUAGUCUUAGUUUUCUACCUCAUCAUCCUCCCUGGAAAUUUACUCAUCAUCCUCACCAUCAGAUCAGACCCUGGCCUCACAGCCCCCCUCUACUUCUUUCUGGGCAAUUUGGCUUUCCUGGAUGCAUCCUACUCCUUCAUUGUGGCUCCCAGGAUGCUGGUGGACUUCCUCUCUGAGAAGAAAAUAAUCUCCUACAGAGGAUGUAUCACUCAGCUUUUUUUCUUGCACUUUCUUGGAGUAGGGGAGAUGUUCCUUCUUGUUGUGAUGGCCUUUGACCGCUACAUGGCCAUCUGUCAUCCAUUACGCUAUUCCACUGUCAUGAGCCCUAGAGUGUGCUAUGCCUUGCUGCUGGCUCUGUGGCUUGGAGGCUUUACUCAUUCCAUUGUGCAAGUAGCCCUUAUUCUCCACUUGCCCUUCUGUGGCCCAAACCAGCUGGAUAACUUCUUCUGUGAUGUGCCACAGGUCAUCAAGCUGGCCUGCACAGACACCUUUGUGGUGGAGCUCCUGAUGAUCUCCAACAGUGGCCUGCUUACCUUGCUGUGCUUCCUGGGGCUUCUGGCCUCUUAUGCUGUCAUCCUCUAUCGUGUGAAGGGACACACCUCUGAAGGCAAACACAAGGCUCUUUCCACAUGUACCACACACAUUAUCAUUGUGUUUCUCAUGUUUGGACCAGCCAUCUUCAUCUAUACUCGCCCCUUCAGAGCCUUCCCAGCUGACAAAGUGGUUUCCCUCUUUCACACAGUGAUCUUUCCUUUGAUGAACCCUGUGAUUUAUACUUUUCGCAACCAGGAAGUGAAAGCUUCCAUGAAAAGGUUACUGAGUCAUCACAUGAUUUGCUGA